CCUUUGACUUCGGCCUCGAUCACCAUGUCCGACUCCGAGCAAGAUGCAAAGGUCCUAGGCAAGCGUGGCCACGACAAUGGGGAUGCGGAUGGUAUGGUCCAAGAUGACGCUCCGCCCAAAGCUGUCGAUAGCAACGACGACAGUGACGACGAUGUCGGGCCUAUGCCAAUGCCUGCAGACGCGCCUGCAGGAGGACCGAAAAAGAAGCGCAAAGUCUUGCCUCACGAGAAACUGUACUUGGAUCAUCUACCCGAUGCAGAGCAGUAUUAUCAGAGUUUCAUGCACAGGGACGCAAUUAACUUUUGUGUCAUGACUCGGACUGAGUUCCUUGUGACUACAUCUAUUGAUGGACACCUUAAAAUCUGGAAAAAGCAAGAGACCGGCAUUGAGUUUGUGAAGCACUUCCGUGCUCACAUGUCCCUCAUCAUUGGUGUCUCGGCGAGCGCAGAUGGACAACUAUUUGCAAGUAUCUCAGAUGACGGAUCUGCGAAGGUGUUUGACGUGGUCAAUUUCGACAUGAUCAACAUACUGAAGUUGGGCUAUACCCCGCUCGCAUGUUGCUGGGUGCACAGAAGAGGGCAGGCCCAGGGUCUAUUGGCAAUUUCAGAGCAAGGAACCGGCAUUAUUCGAAUUUACGAUGGACGCGGCGACGACAAACCUAUCAUGGUUGUAGACAAGCUCCAUCGCUCACCGGUGCAUGUCAUGACUUACAGCGACAGAUUUGACUGUGUCAUAUCCGCUGACGAAAACGGCUUCAUUGAAUACUGGCAACCCACGGAGCCCUUUGAACUCCCGAAGAACGUCCCUGGUCUCUGGUCUUUCAAGAGCUCAACAGACCUUUAUGAGUUUAAGAAGGCCAAGUCAAUACCAACAUGCAUAACCCUAUCCCCCGACUCCACUUCCUUUGUUACCUCCUCCCUUCCCGACCGCCAGAUCCGAAUAUUCUCCUUCCUCACCGGGAAGCUCACGCGCAAGUACGACGAGUCACUGACUGCCAUUCAAGAGAUGCAGCAGGCGGGCACGGCUGUGUACAAAGUCGACGACAUGGAAUUCGGAAGAAGGCUUGCCCUCGAACGCGAGCUUGAGCUGCCGGGUCCAGAUGGACGCAUCCCGGGCAUGUGGAGCAACGCUGUUUGGGACGAGAGCGGGGCAUUCGUAUUGUAUCCCACGCUGCUUGGAGUGAAAGUGGUAAACACGGUGACGAAUCGCGUUGUGCGACUCCUAGGCAAAGAUGAAGCCGUCCGGUGGUUGUGGCUUACUGUCUACCAGGGUGCACCGGCGAAGAAAGGCCUGACGACAGUUGCGAUGGCGGCAUCUGCUAACCCAAUCCUUGCGAACAAAGGGAGUCGGGACCCUACACUGUUCUGCACAGGACACAAACGUCAACGGUUUUAUCUCUUCACACGUUCUGAACCAGGGGAUAGCAAGAUACACGAUCGUGAUGUCUUCAACGAGAAGCCCACACGCGAAGAACAGACGAUUGCGAGCGCAAGUGCCACCGGCAAGAACGGUCCUUCGCCUGUUGCAAACUCGGCGGUCAUCCAUACCUCAAUGGGUGAUAUUCACCUGAGGCUUUUCCCACAGCAAGCACCGAAGGCAGUCGAGAAUUUUGUCGGUCACGCGCGGAGUGGCUACUUCGAGGGUGUCAUCUUCCACCGUGUCAUUCCAAAGUUUAUGAUCCAGACGGGCGACCCGCUCGGCGAUGGUACUGGCGGUACAUCUAUUUGGGAUAGGGAGUUCGAGGAUGAAUUUUCGGAUGACCUGAGGCACGAUCGUCCAUAUACGCUGAGCAUGGCAAACGCUGGGCCAGGCACAAAUGGUUCGCAAUUUUUCAUCACCACGACGACGACACCUUGGUUGGAUAACAAGCACACCAUCUUCGGCCGAGCUCACUCUGGGUUGGAGGUCAUCCAUGCCAUUGAAAACGUCAAGACCAACAAAAUGGACAAACCAUGGGAAGAUAUUAAGAUAAUAAAUAUUGACAUAGAUUAGUCCCUGGUGUUUUGCAAUUUAU